CGCUGAGAAGGAUUAUAUACAUUAAUAAAUGAAAAUCCCUGAGAUUAAGGAUUUAUGUAAUUUGCAAAGUACAUACAAAUUUCUUCCAACGAGCUCUGUAUCGAUCGUCAUAGUUGUUCAGUAGCAAAGCCGCAUCAUCGGCGGAGCCUCCAACUCCAAAAAUUCCCAAAUCCAAGAAAAACCCUCUUCGUUAAUUCCAUCAACUCUUGUUGUUUUCUUGUUUCUCAAAUCUCUAUCUGUUUCCCUUUCUUAUAUAAUAAUCAAGAAAUUGCAACUCCUUUGAGGGAAAUUUAGUGUGGAAGAAUGGGCAGCAGCAUUGCUUUUGCAUCAUCUUCUCCUGGUUUGGUCUUCAACAACACCAAAGAGAUCAUAAAUGGGGCCUCAUUGUUUCACUACAACGCCCUUAAACCACUCCAAACUAACCGCUUUGAGCCCAACGGAUUCGCAUCCACUUCUGUGAAAUGCAAGAGAAUAAGGGCGAUGGGAGGUCCAACAGUUUCAUCUCCAAAGAGAGAAACAGAUCCUAAGAAGAGGAUUGUGAUCACAGGAAUGGGGCUUGUCUCAGUUUUCGGCAGUGAUAUCGACACAUUCUACAACAAACUCCUGGAUGGAGUGAGCGGGAUCACUCCCAUCGACAGAUUCGACGCCUCGGAGUACUCGGUGAGGUUCGCCGGGCAGAUACGCGACUUCUCGUCCAAGGGCUACAUCGACGGCAAGAACGACCGCCGCCUCGACGACUGCUGGAGGUAUUGCUUGGUCGCCGGAAGAAGAGCCCUCGAUGAUGCCUCCCUCCCUAAACCACUUCUUGACACUAUGGACAAGACGCGGAUAGGCGUGCUCGUGGGGUCGGGGAUGGGAGGCAUCACGGCGUUCAGCAGCGGAGUAGAGGCCUUGGUGCAGAAGGGAUACAAGAAAAUCACUCCAUUUUUCAUUCCCUACUCGAUCACAAACAUGGGGUCUGCAUUGCUGGCUAUCGACACCGGCCUAAUGGGACCAAACUACUCGAUUUCAACCGCUUGUGCAACGGCAAACUACUGCUUCUUCUCCGCUGCAAAUCACAUCAGAAGAGGGGAUGCCGAUAUAAUGGUGGCCGGUGGCACGGAGGCCGCGGUGACUCCUACCGGAGUCGGAGGUUUCAUCGCCUGCAGAGCCUUGUCACAGAGGAACCACGACCCUCAGAAGGCGUCGAGGCCGUGGGACAAAAACCGCGAUGGCUUUGUCAUCGGCGAGGGCGCUGGUGUGCUGGUUAUGGAGAGCUUGGAGCACGCGUUGAAACGGGGCGCCAACAUCAUCGCAGAGUACUUGGGAGGCGCCGUGACCUGUGAUGCUCACCACAUGACCGAUCCUCGUGCCGAUGGGCUCGGGGUUUCGUCAUGCAUUGCCAAGAGCUUGCAAGAUGCAGGGGUAGCCCCUCAAGAGGUCAACUAUAUCAAUGCUCAUGCUACUUCAACACUUGCUGGAGAUUUAGCUGAGGUUAAUGCAAUCAAGAAGGUGUUCAAAGAUACAUCCGAGAUCAAGAUGAAUGGCACCAAGUCGAUGACCGGACACGGCCUCGGAGCUGCCGGCGGGCUAGAAGCAAUCGCCACCAUCAAAGCAAUCAACACUGGCUGGCUACAUCCAACCCUCAACCAAAAUGACUUGGAAGGCGAUGUCACGAUCGACACGGUCCCCAACGUGAAGAAACAACACCAAGUUAAUGUCGCCAUAUCCAACUCAUUUGGCUUCGGUGGGCACAACUCAGUGGUCGUGUUUGCUCCGUACAACCCUUGAUGAAUGUUGUGAUGGGAGCAUUGAAUCGAGAGAAGAACAUUCAUUGUCACAUUCAUUAUCCAUCAAUAUGAAUAAUAACAUUGUAAAACACUUGGUUUUGGUGUGUCACACUAUUUUUCAAGUGCAAUAAAGUGUUGAAGGGGACAGGAUCAUACAAAAAUUUGUUCUUGCUAAAUUUGUUCAUGAUGAUGAUUUGCUGUAUUUGAAAUUUUCCAAGUGGGAGAAGAAAUGAAAAUAGAAAAUUGAAAUGUAGUGAUGUGAUGUUUGAAUGUCAUAGAAUGUUGCUUUUGGGACCUGUUUUUUUUUUUUUUUUUA